AUGUCGGAUGUUGUGAGUUUCUAUCGGUUUUUUUGUAAUUAUCGACGAUUUAUUGUCGAAUUUCAGCAAGCUCUCGCUCAGAAAGACCUCGGAAACUCUGCGUACAAGCUGAAAGAUUUCGAAGCCGCGCACGCGCACUACGACAAGGCCAUCGAGUUGGAUCCGAAUAAUGUCACCUUCUACAACAACAAAGCUGGUGAGAUUGCGCGGAAAAUACGGAAAGAUUCAAAUUUUUCAUCGAUUUUCUUUCAGCCGCCUACUUCGAGGAGCAAAAAUACGAGGAGUGCGUGAAAUUGUGCGAGCAAGCGAUCGCGAUCGGACGUGAAACUCGCGCCGAUUACAAACUCAUCGCCAAGUGAGUGAAUUUUACGGAAAAAUUCAAAAAAUUGCACAUUUCAGGGCGAUGGCACGUGCCGGAAACGCUUUUCUGAAGCAGGGCGACGAGAAGUUGGCGCUAAACUGGUUCCAGCGUUCUCUCUCGGAAUCGCGCGAUCCGGAGCUCGUGAAGCGGGUGAAAGAGCUCGAGAAGUCGAUCAAGGAGAAGGAACGCCUCGCGUACAUCGACCCGCAGCUGGCGCAAGAGGAGAAGAACAAGGGAAACGAGUACUUCAAGAAGGGCGACUAUCCGUCGGCCAUGAAACACUACAACGAGGCCGUCAAGCGCGACCCGGAGAAUGCUAUUCUGUACUCAAACCGCGCCGCGUGCCUCACCAAGCUGCUCGAAUUCCAGAGAGCUCUUGAGGACUGCGAGACGUGCAUCAAGAAGGACCCCAAGUUUGGUUAGUCUUUUAGAGGUUUCUAUGCCUGUUUCCUCUCCCGAGAAAGUUAAAAAAACAAUUUAAAAAUUUCAGUGAAAGGAUACGUGCGCAAAGGAUCGAUUCUGCAGGCGAUGAAGGAGUGGGGCAAGGCGCAAAGGGCCUACGAGGACGCGCUUCAGGUGGAUCCGUCGAACAACGAAGCACGCGAAGGCCUCUCGAACUGCAUCGCGAACAACGACGAGGAUCCGGAGAAGGCGAAGGAGCGGCUGAUGAACGACCCGGAAGUGCAGGAGAUUCUGCGUGAUCCGAGCAUGCGCAUGAUCCUCGAGCAGAUGAGCAACGACCCGGGAGCGGCACGCGAGCAUCUCAAGAAUCCGGAAAUCUUCCAGAAGCUCAUGAAGCUCCGCGACGCCGGCGUCAUCUCGUUGCGUUAA